CCCGGUUCUACCCCGGUCCUGGCCCGGCCCCGGCCCCGGCGGAGCCCCCGCGAGCCCCGCAGGUGCGGCCAUGGCGGGCGCGGCGCCGCCCGCAGGUGGCCCCGAGCAGCCCUUCACCUGCCGGGAGUGCGGCAAAUCCUUCCGCUGGUCCUCGCGCCUGGCGCACCACCUGCGCAGCCACACAGGUGAGCGCCCCUACAAGUGCCCCGAGUGCCCCAAGGCCUUCAAGGGCUCCUCCGCCCUCCUCUACCACCUGCGGGGCCACACAGGUGAGCGCCCCUACACCUGCGCCACCUGCGGCAAGGGCUUCAAGCGCUCCUCGCUGCUGCAGACGCACCUGCGCGUGCACACGGGGCUGCGCGCCUUCCGCUGCGCCCAGUGCGGCCUCACCUUCAAGUGGGCGUCGCACUACCAGUACCACCUGCGGCAGCACUCAGGUGAGCGGCCCUACCGCUGCCCCACCUGCCCCAAGGCCUUCAAGAACUCCUCCAGCCUGCGGCGGCACCGCCACACCCACACGGGUGAGCGGCCGCACACCUGCGCCACCUGCGGCAAGGGCUUCGCCCAGGCCGCCAACCUGCGGCAGCACCUGCGGGUGCACACGGGCGAGCGGCCGUACACCUGUGCUACCUGCGGGAAGAGCUUCACGCACUCGUCCAACCUGCACCUGCACCGGCGCACGCACGGCGCCGCCCCGCAGUGCCCCGCCUGCGCCGCGCCCUUGGCCUCGCACACCUGCCCGCAGCGGCACCUGCAGGGCCCCGCCCCGCCCGCCGCCGCCUCACCUGAGCCGCUCUGGAGGCCGCUGGGGCUCACCUGCGCCGAGCAAGAGGUGACGGUGACAGCGGCCCCGGCCCCGCCCCACCGCUGCCUCACCUGCGAGGUGACGGUGACAGCGGCCCCGGCCCCGCCCCACCGCUGCCUCACCUGCGGCAAGAGCUUCAAGAACGGCGCGGGGCUGGCGCGACACCUGCCCGGCCACGAGCGGCCCAGGUGCGCCGCGGCGCCCAGAGCCCCGCCCCGCCUGGCCGCACCCCCGCCAGGUGAACCCGCCGCCGCCGCCGAGCCGCCGGCCCCGCCCGAGCGGCCGUACAGGUGCGGCGAGUGCGGCAAGGCCUUCAAGGGCUCCUCGGGGCUGCGCUACCACCUGCGCGACCACACAG